AUAUCACUUUGACCCUCUUCUCUCUUUCUCCCUUUGUUGUUAAAUGAUUUGCAGAAAAUGGCUGUGGAUUUGAUCUCCGGCUACAGCUUCGCGGCGAAGAUGGAGGAGACGGCGGCGAAGGAGGCGGCCGCCGCCGGAGUUCAGAGCGUCGAGAAGCUAAUAAAGCUGCUCUCCGACGCCCACCACCGGAGCUUCUCGAAGUUUCCGGCCGCCGAUUACCAGGUCGCGGCGGACGCCGCCGUCCAUAAGUUUAAAAAGUUCAUUUCUUUGAUAGACCGGACGCCGCGAACUGGUCACGCUCGGUUCCGCCGUGGCCCGGUUUCAAAGCCUGCGAAGAAAUCACUCGAACCGGCCGGUCCGUUGAAGGGCGAGGAGAAUGGCGCCGGCGCCGGUUCGAAAAUUUAUUGCCCAACGCCGGUUCAACGGCUGCCACCGUUACCACCACCGCCGCCGCCGCCGCGGAAGGAGUCGUCGACAACGAUAAACUUCGCCACGCCGGCGACGUCGUUCGUCUCGUCGUUGACCGGCGACACAGACCCGUCGAUGUCGUCGGGUUUCCAGAUCACGAAUCUGUCGCAAGUUUCCUCCGCCGGACGGCCGCCGUUGUCGUCGUCGUCGUUGAAGCGGAAGUGCACCUCGAUGGACGAAGGCCACCCCGGCGGUUCCUCCCGCUGCCAUUGCCCCAAAAAAAGGAAAUCCAGAAUAAAGCGAGUCGUAAGAGUUCCUGCAAUCAGCCUGAAAAUGGCCGAUAUUCCGCCGGACGAUUAUUCUUGGCGAAAAUACGGUCAAAAGCCGAUCAAAGGCUCUCCUCACCCACGGGGAUAUUACAAGUGCAGCAGCCUCCGAGGUUGUCCGGCCCGAAAACACGUAGAGCGGGCCUUGGACGACCCGACAAUGCUAAUAGUGACAUACGAAGGAGAACACAGUCACGCCCUUUCCAAUACAGAAACGCCUGGACCGGUUCUCGAAUCAUCCUGAUCGUCCAUAUCAUCCUCAUCAUCGGACGGCCCAGAUUCGCCGCCAUGGUCAAUGCCAAGAAGAAACCGUAGUUAGUGGGGCCCAUUAUGUUAUUUAUUUUUGACUCUGCUUCUUUAUUUUUAUUUUUAUUAUUAUUAUUAUUAUUAUUAAUAUUA